AUUACAGCAAUAUUAAUCCAUCAAACACCUAUUUCGUUGGCACAACAAAAACACAAAAUUCAGAAUUUUUUCCAACUUAUUUUAAAUCAAGAAAUCCAGAGAGAGAGAGAGAGAGAGAGAGAGAGAGUUCAUCUCCACCACCCAGCGAACGAUUCAACGGCAUUGUUUCCCGGCGAAACAAAGGGUUUGUUCUUGGUGUUUCGCUGGAAAACUUUGCAAAUUGUCGUUCAUUUUAAACAAAACAAGGUCGAAAUUUGUCAGAAGGUAACGAAAGAAAAGGAGAAAAGGGGAAUUCUUGAGUUCUUCGGUAAUCAGGUCUUCUGAAGGUAGAAGAAGAUCUGAAGAAAUAUGAGCGCAUCGAGGUUCAUAAAGUGCGUCACAGUCGGUGAUGGCGCUGUCGGAAAGACAUGUCUCUUGAUUUCUUACACCAGCAACACCUUCCCUACGGAUUAUGUUCCAACUGUAUUUGAUAACUUCAGUGCCAAUGUGGUUGUGAAUGGAAGCACAGUUAACCUAGGCUUGUGGGACACUGCUGGACAGGAGGAUUACAACAGAUUAAGACCGUUGAGUUAUCGUGGGGCCGAUGUUUUCAUUUUGGCAUUCUCUCUCAUUAGCAAAGCCAGCUAUGAAAACGUCUCCAAAAAGUGGAUUCCCGAGUUGAAGCAUUAUGCUCCUGAAGUUCCAAUUGUUCUUGUGGGGACAAAACUUGAUCUUCGGGAUGAUAAGCAGUUCUUCGUGGAUCAUCCUAAUGCAACACCCAUUACUUCUGCUCAGGGAGAGGAGUUGAAGGGUUCGAUUGGAGCUCCUGAGUACAUUGAAUGUAGUUCAAAAACACAGCUGAAUGUGAAGCAAGUUUUUGAUGCUGCCAUUAAAGUCGUUCUGGCGCCUCCAAAGGCAAAGAAGAAGAAAGGAAAAGGUCAAAAGGCGUGUUCCAUAUUGUGAUGAAGAAGACAGAAAACUAGUUGACCAUGGCUUGUUCUUGGAUUUCAUUUUCAUAUAUGUUUGUUGAUUUGUAUUUUGAUUCUAUAAGCUCUCAAAAGUCAAAAGAUCUUAAUGUAGUAGUAAUCAUGUAGUUUGCUAUCAAAAGCUCUAUUUUUCUUGUUGUUUACUUCAGAUUCAUGCUAAUUUUCGGGUAUGGGUUUUUGGUUAAAUAUGAUAAAAGUAUAUAUAUAUAUGAUAUGAUGAAAGUUUAAAGUA